UUAGUGUAUUUUUAGCAGCAGAAAGAAAAGGCAAAACAAAAUAAGCGAAUAAAAACACAAAUUCCGAAUUAUAAUGGAUAAACUAACGACAAUAAGUGCAACACUUUUCAUGGCAGCCGAUGUGUUUGCUAUUGUGAGUCUGGCCCUGCCGGAUUGGAUAAUUACGGAGUCCGGAACGGGUGACAUUCGGUUGGGCUUAAUGUGGACCUGCAUGACUCUGUAUAAUCGACCCCAGGUGUGCUACACUCCCGAUCUGCAACCGGAAUGGCUGAUUGCUUUGAUCUGCAUAUUCGUGGGCUGCAUCUGCGUUACCACCACCGUAAUUUUACUAGCCUCAUCCUCCUGCAACCGGAAUGUUAUUCCCUAUGCCCGCUGGGUGGGCUUUACGGCCAUGGUGCUGUUCUGCAUGGCAGCUGUUGUCUUUCCUCUAGGAUUCCACGUAGAGGAAAUUGGAGGGCAGGCCUAUCAGCUGCCCAAUACCUUCAAGAUCGGCAUAUCCUACAUCAUGUUCGUUUUGGCACUCUGGAUAACCGUGGUCUCCGAACUAUUUGCCGGCAAGGUGUGUCUGCCGCAUUUCUAGAGACGAGACGUGGGCAUUGCUAGAUUCCUGAUUUCCUUUGCAGUUUGCUCUGUGAUUUGUUAUACAUUUUGUUUUUCCCUGAUUUUUCUAGCCCUUAAACCAUAGAGUCAAAUUGUAGCUCUAUAUCUUAGUUAUAAGUGUGUAUCUCGCAUCCGAGCUGGAAACUCGAAAAUAACUGUCGCGAACGAAUCUCAAAACUUAUUAUUUUGCUAAACUGAAGUACCUAUCGAAUCUUUUUGUGUUUCUAAAACCCAUUUUAUCUUAACUAAAAGAUAAUUCUUAGUUGAUGUAAUGCAGUAUUUCAGCUCAAAUAUCAAGAUCUUGUGUAUCGAUUAAUUUUCAUAAUUAAGGUUAGUUUUAAGGCCAUUUACUUAGUACAAUUUUGUUAUAUGAAUAUACAUUUAGUAAUUUAAAAGAAGAAAAAGUGUUUUUGUGUGCCAAUUUGUCAUAUCAGGAAUCAAAUUUUCCCUAGAUCAGAUUGCAUUUAUAUUUAGAUUGGAAGUCUUAAAUUACCAACUUUUAAUUGUAAAAGAAUUUUUGUAUAACACUUGAUUAAAAUUUAUCUAUAAUGUU